UCGUGGGUGAUUCAGUAAAGGAAUUAAGAAUAAGAACAAUAACAAGAAUAGCCUCACGGAUAAUAGAUCCUAAGAAGGGGGCAGUCGUUUUCUUUUUGUUGUUGCAUUGGCAAUCUAUGCACUAUUCAAUUUGUGUUCUUCUUUACUCGUGCAUGUGCAAAUCGGGAGGGUAUAUGAGAGCCGUUGCUCGGCUUAACUUUUAGUUUCGCAGCGAACGGUUCUAUCAGAGAGUAGGCAUGAUUUUGAGACGGAGUUCAAGUUUUGCUGCAUUGUCCAUUCAUGUUCUCUUGCGUUACUUAUGGAUUACGGUAAUAGAUGCAUCGGGAUAUUUCGAGUUGCAAGUCAUCUCGAUGCAAAAUGUCAACGGUGAACUUCAGAACGGCUUGUGUUGUGAUGGCACGCGGAAUUCGGAAGACCACAAAUGCACCAGGGAUGAAUGCGAUACUUAUUUCCGAGUUUGCCUGAAGGAGUAUCAGUCCCGGGUCUCCUCUGGCGGCCCGUGUAGCUUCGGGAGCGGUUCUACGCCUGUUAUUGGUGGGAAUACUUUUUCACUGAGGAGUCUGGCAAGGAACGACAAAUCCAGGAUUGUAUUACCCUUCAGCUUCGCUUGGCCGAGGUCGUACACGUUGAUUGUGGAGGCGCUGGACUUCAACAAUGACUCAAGUACAGGGAGUGUGAAUGGCCAGGUGAUCGAGAAGGCUGUCCAGUCUGGCAUGAUAAACCCAAACCCGCAGUGGCAAAUGCUCAAACACAACGGGGGCGUGGCCCAGUUUGAGUACCAGAUCCGGGUCACCUGCGACGAACACUACUACGGCUUCGGCUGCAACAAGUUCUGCCGCCCACGCGACGACUUCUUCGGCCAUUACACCUGCGACCACAACGGCAACAAAACCUGCCUGGACGGGUGGGCCAGCCCAGAAUGCAACACAGCUAUUUGUAGGCAAGGCUGUAGCACUGAGCACGGAUCCUGUAAAGUACCGGGAGACUGCACGUGUUUGUAUGGCUGGCAGGGGGAGUACUGUGAUAAGUGUAUCCCUCAUCCUGGCUGUGUUCAUGGCUCCUGUGUGGAGCCCUGGCAGUGCCUAUGUGACACCAACUGGGGUGGACAGCUUUGUGACAAAGACUUAAACACCUGUGGAACGCGGCAGCCGUGUGUGAACGGAGGCACGUGCAGUAACACGGGACCGGACAAGUACCACUGCGCCUGCCCUGAGGGUUACUCCGGACUCAACUGUGAGCGAGCGGAUAAUGCGUGUCUGUCGGAGCCCUGUUUUAAUGGUGGGAGAUGUGUGGAGUCCAGUCAUGGCUUUGAGUGUCAGUGUGCUCCUGGAUGGACCGGACCAUCCUGCAACAUCAAUAAAGACGACUGCAGCCCUAAUCCCUGUAACCACGCUGGGACUUGCAUCGACCUGGUGAAUGGCUUUAAAUGCAUCUGCCCUUCUCAGUGGACCGGCAAAACUUGUCUCAUCGAUGCCAAUGAGUGUGAGGGGGACCCUUGUGUGAAUGCCAAUACUUGCCGAAAUCUGAUUGGUGCAUACUUCUGUGAGUGCCUGCCUGGUUGGACAGGGCAGAAUUGUGACAUCAAUGUGAAUGACUGCCAAGGACAGUGCUUAAACGGAGGGUCUUGCAAGGACUUGGUGAACGGAUAUCGGUGUGUUUGUGCGCCCGGCUUUGCAGGGGAGCAUUGCGAGAGAGACAUCGACGAGUGUGCGAGCGAGCCCUGCCUCAACGGUGGUCGUUGUCAAGACGACGUAAAUGGAUUCCAAUGUCUGUGUCUGCCCGGUUACUCUGGAAACCUGUGUCAGUUGGACAUAGAUUACUGCGAACCCAGCCCAUGUCAGAAUGGUGCCCAGUGUUUUAACUUGGCCUCUGAUUACUUUUGUAAAUGCCCUGAGGACUACGAGGGCAAAAACUGCUCUCACCUCAAAGACCACUGUCGCACUACUCCCUGUCAAGUGAUUGACAGCUGCACGGUCGCCGUGGCGUCCAACAGCACUCCCGGGGGCGUUCGAUUCAUCUCGUCGAACGUGUGUGGGCCGCACGGUCGCUGCAGGAGCCACGCCGGUGGGCACUUCAGCUGCGAGUGCCAGGAAGGAUUCACUGGGACCUACUGUCACGAGAAUAUUAAUGACUGUGAAAGCAAUCCGUGCCGUAACGGAGGGACCUGUAUAGACAAAGUCAACGUGUAUCAGUGUAUCUGCGCAGAUGGGUGGGAGGGUGCUAACUGCGAAACCAACAUUGAUGACUGUAGCACAAACCCAUGCCGAGACAGGGGUGUGUGUCGAGACCUGGUGAAUGACUUCUACUGUGAAUGUCUGAAUGGCUGGAAGGGAAAGACUUGUCACUCACGUGACAGCCAAUGUGAUGAGGCUACAUGUAACAAUGGAGGGACAUGCUACGAUGAGGGGGACUCCUUCAAAUGCAUGUGUGCUGCAGGCUGGGAGGGUACCACCUGUAAUAUUGCCAAAAACAGCAGCUGCCUGCCCAACCCGUGUGAGAAUGGUGCCACCUGUGUGGUCAGCGGAGACACUUUCACCUGUGUCUGUAAAGAGGGCUGGGAAGGCCUCACCUGCUCUCAGAAUGCCAAUGACUGCAACCCACACCCAUGUUAUAACAGCGGCACGUGCGUGGACGGGGAUAACUGGUACCGCUGUGAAUGUGCUGCGGGGUUCGCUGGACCAGACUGUCGCAUCAAUGUAAAUGAGUGCCAGUCUUCUCCCUGUGCGUUUGGCUCUACUUGUGUGGAUGAGAUCAACGGAUACCGCUGCCUGUGCCCGCCGGGCAGAGCCGGGCCCCGAUGUCAGGAGGUGAGUGGACGACCCUGUGUGGUCGGAGAUCAUGUGACCGCAGAUGGGGCGAAGUGGGAUGAGGACUGUAACACCUGUCAGUGUAAGAAUGGGAAAGUCACCUGUACCAAGAUCUGGUGCGGACCCAGACUGUGCCACGUGCACGGUAAAAGCCACGGGGAGUGUCCGUUCGGUCAGACCUGCGUGCCCGUGCGUGACGAGCGCUGUUUCGUCAAACCCUGCCCGUCUCAGGGCGAGUGCUGGUCCGGCCACCGCGUGUACAGCCGCGCCAAGUGCCACCCGGAGGGCAACUGCGCCAACAUCACGUUCACCUUUAACAAAGACACCAUGUCGCAGGGUGUGACCGUGGAGCAGAUCUGUAGGGAGCUGAGAAGUCUGUACGUGGUGAGAAACCUUUCGUCGGAAUACUCUAUCACCAUGACCUGUGACCCCUCCUCCACCGCCAACAAUGAGAUCCAUGUUGCCAUUUCGACAGAGGAUCCAGGCAGCAGCCGCGCUCCCAUUAAAGAACUAACGGACAGGAUCAUCGAUUUGGUGAGCAAGAGGAACGGCAAUAGCUCCAUCAUCACUGCCAUCGCCGAAGUUCGUGUGCAGCGGAGACAGGUCACCAGCCCCCACGUAGACUACCUGGUGCCUUUGUUGGUUUCCGUGGUGAUAGUGAUCUGGGUACUGGCGCUAGCUUCGGUGUUCCUGUGGUGUGUGAAGCAUCGCAGGAAGCAGAGCAGCCACCCCGGCAACGCGUCCAUUAACACCGGCACGGCGUUGACGACGGCGUCCGCCGAGGAGAACAACGCCGUGAACAACGCCCGAGAGCAGCUGAACAAGAUCAAGAACCCCAUCGAGAAGAACACGCCCAACGGCCUGCCCGUCAAAGAUCACCACGACGACAAGAACGCCAUCAACGCCAAGAUCAGGACGCACAUCGCGGAGCCCGCCAACCUCUCGGAGGACGAGGAUUCCGACAAACGGCUCCAGAAGGCCCGGUUUCCGCGGCAAGCGGCGUACACGCUGGUGGACAGGGAGGACAGGAGCCCGAACGGCACGCUGGUUUCGAAAAACCCGAACUGGACAAACAAACGGGACAACAGAGACUUAGAGUCUCAACAGAGCUUACACCGAAUGGAAUAUAUCGUAUAGCGGUCGCAGAGAGACUAUGGG